AUGGACAAGGUUGGUUUACUUCGGAGAAGGGCUAUUCCAAGUUCAAUAUGUGCCAUGGCCAAACACCACAGGCCUGGUUUACUUUCAGGAGACACAGUCUAUCUUUACGUGCAUGCUAUGACCAACCUGUCGCUCACCGCUGAUGGCUUCCUCCCUUCACUUGCAGAUGAUCAAGGCAACUCAUUUGUCAUCAGGAUUGUUGGGCCUCCAGGUGUGAGCAGCCGACGGAUUGAGCCGCAGAGGAGCCAAGGCUACAUUCCUUGGCAACUCCAUGCUUCCUGGGUCUCUUCAGUCUCAGGGAUCUACAAGAUUUAUGUCGAGUAUGGCGGGGUACAGAUCAAAGGAAACUCAACAAAUCUGGUGAGUCCUCUUCAGGGGAGUCCGUGGACGGUCUUAGUGCGCUCUGCUCCCAUUGAAGUCAACUACACAAGGAUUGUGGGUACUGGGAUUUCGUUCGCUCAAGUUGAAAAGCUGGCAACGUUUGAGAUCCAGACGAGAGACAUCUUUAACAAUCCCAUCCGCAAACCUUCAUACGACAAGUUUAGAGGAGACGACAAGGUGAACGUCUCCAUCCUGUCUACCUACGGCUCUCCCAUGUUCCCUCGGAUAGUGAGUUUGAGGGACGGAUGUUACAGGGUUGAGUACUCGGUGAGUGCAGGGGGUGACUACAGAAUAUUCGUGAUGAUUAAUGGAAUUCUCCUUCAACGAGCCCCAUUCAUUCUGAGAGUUCAGGAAUUUGCGGUCGAUCGAUCAAACACUCAGAUGUACAUAAAGUUUGCUCAGAAGGCUGGCCAACUGUGCGAGUAUAGCAUUGCGUCAAGCCAGUCGUUCAACCCUCCCUGUAACAUUCUCGUUGUUGGAGAGCUGAUUGAGUUUGAAAUCGACAUCAAAGAUUACUCCAAUCAAAGUGUUUUACUUUCACAAGAAAUUCAGAAAUAUCCAUCGUUGGAAGUGCUUGGUUCAUCAUUCUCUAAACAGAUUUCAUUUUACAUUGAACAAGACUCCAAAAGAAGAAAAAUGUCAGCUUCGUUCUUGGUGACCAAGUCUGGAGCAUAUAGUGUCCACCAAGAGAAUCGUUUGUAA